GCCUGGCGGCGGAGGCGAAAAAUGUCCCCAGGCUAGGUAUUCCGCUGGUCUCCAGUGCGGUCGGCCGCUUGGAGUCCCCGUCGCGGCGGGCUCAGGUGCCUUCUUCGGGACUGUCGGCAGGGAGGGAGAAAUGGCCACAAGGUUGCUGCCAGCCCAGGCUCCGGUGACCGUGACGUUCAGGGACGUGGCAGUGUUCUUCAGCCGGGACGAGUGGCUGCGCCUGGACUCGGCGCAGAGAACCCUGUACCGGGAGGUGAUGCUGGAGAACUACGGCACCCUGGUCUCCCUGGGAAUUCUGUUUUCCAAACCAAAGGUUAUCUUCCGGUUACAGCAAGGGGAAGACCCCUGGAUGGUGGAAAAUGGAGUUUCUCAAGGCCCCUGCGGAGGAUGGGAGAGCUUGUUUGAAACUGCAAUUUCUGAAGAAGACAAUCAGGCAGUAAUGAAUAAACUCCUAGGUGACAGUCCUUUUGACUUCAGGAUGGGGAAGACCUAUGUAAACGAGGACAAGCUAGAGAAGCAGCAAGGCAAAAAGAACAAACCUUUCCGGAAAUUCCUAGUUACCAUCAAGAACACAUACCUGAGAGAGAGGAGCUUUGCGAGUAUCGAGCUGGGGAAAAACCUCAGCCUGAAGUCUUCCCUUAUUAGAAAACCCCGACUUGUUUCCAGGGGAAGGAAACCCCAUUCACAGCAGUAUUCCAUUCUGUUUAAACAACUGGGAGUCAACGCAGUACGCAAAUGUUACAAAUGUAACAUCUGUGGGAAAAUCUUCCUCCACAGUUCUUCCCUGAGUAAACACCAGAGAAUCCACACAGGAGAGAAGCUCUAUAAAUGCAAGGAAUGUCGGAAAGCUUUCAGCCAAAGCUCAUCUCUCACUCAGCACCUGCGAGUUCACACGGGAGAGAAGCCUUACAUAUGCGGCGAAUGUGGGAAAGCCUUCAGUUUCACCACCUCGCUCAUCGGACAUCAGAGAAUGCACACUGGAGAGAGACCCUAUAAGUGCAAUGAGUGUGGCAAGACAUUUAAAGGAAGUUCAUCCCUGAAUAAUCACCAACGGAUUCAUACUGGAGAAAAGCCCUAUAAGUGUAAUGAAUGUGGGAGAGCCUUUAGCCAGUGCUCCUCUCUCAUUCAGCAUCACAGGAUUCACACUGGAGAGAAACCUUACGAAUGUAGUCAGUGUGGGAAAGCCUUUACCUCAAUAUCGCGGCUAAGUAGACAUCAUAGAAUUCAUACUGGAGAGAAACCCUUUAAUUGUAAUGAGUGUGGGAAAGUAUUCAGUUACCACUCAGCCCUUAUUAUACAUCAGAGAAUUCACACUGGUGAAAAACCUUAUGCAUGUAAAGAAUGUGGGAAAGCCUUCAGCCAAAGCUCUGCUCUGAUACAGCAUCAAAGAAUUCAUACAGGAGAAAAACCCUACAAAUGCAAUGAAUGUGGGAAGGCCUUCUCCUGGAUUUCACGGCUUAACAUACACAACAGAAUCCAUACCGGAGAGAAACCGUACAACUGUAAAGAAUGCGGAAAAGCCUUUAGUUCCCACUCAGCAGUUAAUACUCAUCGAAAAAUUCAUACUGGAGAGAAACCUUAUAAAUGUAAUGACUGUGAAAAAGCUUUCAACCAAAGCUCAGCUCUCAUUCAGCACCAGAGAAUUCAUACUGGAGAGAAACCAUUUAACUGUAAAGUAUGUGGGAAAGCCUUCAGACAGAGCUCCUCCCUCAUGACACACAUGAGGAUUCAUACAGGAGAGAAGCCUUAUAAAUGUAAAGAAUGUGGCAAGGCUUUUAGUCAGAGCUCAUCCCUUACCAAUCACCAGAGGACUCACACUGGAGAGAAACUGUAAAUAAAACGCAUGUGGAAAAUCUUCCAACUGAAGUUAAUUUCAUACUAAAUUUCAAAAACUUCAACCUGGGCAGAAAGUGAUGAA